AUGCAUCAUUGUGUCUGUCCUGUUAUUGUUGUUUGCUAUCCCGAUGAUGAGGUUGUUGUUGCUGUCAAGGAAGAUGAGGAGGGAGAUGAGGACAUGGAUCGUAUGAUAAGAAACGUGCCAAGUAUGGAAAACUUGCUUCGAUGUAGAGAUCUUCCAAGUUUCAAAAGAAUAUCCAAAGAAAACGAUCAUAUUGCUUUAGACCAUUUUGUAUUUCAAACCCAACAAUCACUUAAAGCAAAUGCGUUGAUACUCAACACAUUUGAGGAUCUAGAAGCUCCAAUCCUCUCCCAAAUUCGUCUCCACUUCCCCAAACUCAUUAUCUACACUCUUGGCCCUCUUCGCCACCACCUCUAUACCACAAAAAAAACAUCAUCAUCAUUAUCAUUCUUCAAAGCGGAUAGAACAUGCAUGACCUGGCUCGAAUCUCAACCGUUGAAAUCAGUUGUAUAUGUUAACUUUGGUAGCAUCGCAUCAAUGAAAGGAGAAGAAAUCAUUGAGAUAUGGCAUGGUUUAUUGAAUAGUAAAAAACAGUUUUUGUGGGUGAUUAGGCCAAACAUGGUACAAGAAAAAGGACUAUUAAAGGAGCUUGAGAAAGGGACUAAUAAGGAACAAGGGUUGAUUGUGGGUUGGGUUCACUACAAGAAAAUACGGGAUUUGCUACGACGGUCUUUGUAG